AUGCUGGGUCUGCUUCGCAAGCAAAUCAGUGAGCGUGCCAAAAUUAUGGAUAUCAUGGAGACCCACCAUCGACGUAAGGCACUUGUCUUUCUCGGACUGCCUGAAGACAUCAAGGAGGACUGUAGUAAGAUCUUGCUUGGUGUCCUUAAUCAGAAGAUGGGUCUCAAAGACGUUACAACAACCAAGAUUAAAACUUGUCACCGUAUUGGUACUCCAUCCAAGGAACAUCGUCGCCCGGUGCUAGUUACAUUUACAUUCCAUGGAAGGUGA